AUGUCAUCCUUUGUGGCGGAUGUACAGGAAUCGGCGCCGCCGGUAUUGCCGGCCAAUGGGAAGGGAGAGCAGCUCCACUCAGAUGGAGACUCCACGGAGGAGGUGGACUUCAGCUGGGAGGAGUACCUGGAGGAGAACGGGGCAGCGGCCGCCCCCCACACCGCCUUCAAACACGUGGAGAUCAGUCUGCAGAGUAGUUUCCAGCCUGGGAUGAAGCUGGAGGUGGCCAAUAAGGGCAAUUCAGACACUUACUGGGUGGCGACCAUCAUCACCACAUGCGGCCAGCUGCUGCUGCUGCGUUUCUGCGGCUACGGUGACGAGCGCAAGGCCGACUUCUGGUGCGAUGUCAUGACGGCCGACCUGCACCCUGUGGGCUGGUGCACCCAGAACAACAAGGUGCUGAUGCCCCCGGAAGAUAACGUUUACCUAAGAAAAGCCAUAAAGGAGCGCUACAGCGACUGGACCGAAUUUCUGAUACAGGAGUUGACCGGUGCUAGGACCGCUCCUGCCAACUUGCUGGAAGGGCCCAUGCGUGGGAAGAACACGGUGGAUUUGAUCACAGCAGGCUCCGUGGUGGAGCUCCAGGACAUGCGAGAGCCCUUCCUGUACUGGACAGUGCAGGUGCUGGAGAACACAGGCGGCCGGCUACGUCUGCGCUACGUGGGCCUGGAGGAUGACACCCACGACACCUGGCUCUUCUACCUGGAUGUGCGGCUCCGGCCCGUGGGUUGGUGCCAUGAGAAUCACUACACCAUGGAGCCGCCCGCUGAGCUGCGGAAUCUGAAGAGCGCCCCCGAGUGGCAGGAGGCCUUGACACAGGCGCGUACCAAGGCAGAGCAGAACCCACUACCUUUGGAAGUGUUUAAGGACCACGUCGAAGUGAGAAAGCACACCUUCAGGACAGGGAUGAAGCUGGAGAUGGUGUCUCCUGGGAAGCCCUUCUACAUCUGCCCUGUGUCUGUAACCCAGGUAUACAAUGAGUACUACUUCAAGGCGACGGAGGAUGACCUCACUGCCGAGGCCACGCCCCUCCCUGUGGUAUGCCACGCCCAGUCUCCGGGAAUCCUGCCCACACAGUGGUGCCUUAAGAACGGGGUAUCGCUGGAAAAGCCCAGAGGCUACCCCGGGCAGGAUUUCGACUGGGCCGACUACCUGAAGCAGAGUGGCACUGAGGCCGCCCCCGACUCCUGUUUUCCUGAAGCUAAGCCCAGAGGCUUCUCUAAGGGCAUGUGGCUAGAGGCUGUAAACCCCCUGAAGCCUUCUCAGAUCUGCGUGGCCUCCAUCACCCGCACGACUGGCCGGCUGCUGUGGCUCCGCUUCGAGGGACUGUCGCCGCCGCUGCCAGACUGCAUUGUGGAUGUGGAGUCCAUGGCUAUCUUCCCCUUGGGCUGGUGUGAGGCCAAUGGUUACCAGCUGACCCCCCCACACAAGCCCGUCUGUCAGAAGCAGAGGAAGAUUGCGGUGGUGCAGCCUGAGAAACAGCUGGUUCCCCCCCAGAUCAUGGAGAGCAGCCAGCCAGUCCUAUGUCCUACACAGGUCCAAGAAUCAGGCUCCGCCAAUGGGAAGUACUGCUGCUCACAGAUAUUCGUCAACCAUCGGUGUUUCUCUGGGCCGUACCUGAACAAGGGCCGCAUCGCGGAGCUGCCACAGGCCGUGGGACCAGGCAAAUGCACCCUGGUGCUCAAGGAGGUGCUAAGCAUGUUGAUCAACGCGGCGUACAAGCCAGGCCGUGUGCUCAGGGAGCUGCAGCUCGUGGAGGACCCCCAGUGGAACUUCCAAGAGGAAACGCUGAAAGCCAAGUACAAGGGCAAGACGUACAGGUCGACCAUCAGGAUCGUGCGCAGGUCAGACCAGGUGUCUGACUUCUGCCGCAAGGUCUGCCUGAAGCUGCAGUGUUGCCCCAAUCUGUUCAGCCCCACGCUGGUCACCGACAAGUGCCCUGAGAACUGCUCUGUGCAGACAAAAACCAAAUACACUUAUUACUAUGGUAAGAAGCGUAAGACGUCGGUGGGGGAGGCCUCCCCAGAGAGCGGCAUCUCCAAGCCAGCCAGACGCAGGAAAAAGAGGAAGUCCAUCUUCGUCCAGAAGAAGCGUAGAUCGUCAGCAGUGGAUUACACGCCAGUGGGGUCACCUCAGGACAGUGAAGAAGAUGAAGAUGGUGAAGACCAGUCAGGCAGUGAGGAGGGCACCAGCUCUGAGCCUCGUGGGGACCUCACUGACACCUCGUCGGUGGAGGCGUCGGUGAGUCAGCGUCCGCGCCGCGCUGUUACGCUGCGGCGCAGCACCGACCCAGGAGUCCCAGCAGGCUCGGACCGCGCCCGCCGCAAACGCACCACCCGUUCCAUAUCCUACAGCGACUCCGCCAAGUACCACCCGGCCAAGCGACAGGUGACCAAGGUGGAGAACGAGGAGGAGGAGAAGCUGGUUCUGGACAGCAACCCCCUGGAGUGGACGGUGGCUGAUGUGGUCCAGUUCAUCCGCUCCACCGACUGCGCACCACUUGCCAAGAUAUUCCAGGAACAGGACAUUGACGGCCAGGCUCUGCUGCUCCUCACCCUGCCCACGGUCCAGGAAUGCAUGGACCUCAAGCUGGGCCCCGCCAUUAAGCUGUGCCAUCAGAUUGAGAGAGUGAAAGUGGCCUUCUAUGCUCAGUACGCCAAGUGACCAUGGGAGUAUUAUUUUUUUUGGGGGAGGGUGGGGUGGGAGGAGCUGCACAGCAGAAGAAUUGGAACAUGCAUUGGAUUUUCUAUUGAGGAGGCCAGACCUCAGUAAAACAUUCUGUGAAACUGAUUUCAGAUUCCAGGAUGGACCAGAAUCUGGACUCCGCCCGUGCCGGAAUCCUGUGGGGAAUCAUUAACGGGAUUGUUUCUGGAUAGGCGUUCCGUCUCUGACUGCGGGUGCAGGCGGAUAAGCGAGUGGGAGUCCGGGGGGGGGGGGGGGGCGCGUGGUGUCGGACACUCUGGCCUUGCGGUCCGCAUGCCCUGUCCACACUCCCUCAUUUCGCUAACAUCGAACGACAAUCUGAACGGGGACAUCGCUGCUUAGCGAUAGGCUGACAGUGAGCCAGACACCAAACCGCACGGCACGCCAGGGCAGUUUGGCGACUCUGGAAGCCCGGUCUUCAGGUUCCGCUCUGCACCAAUCAUAUCGCAGGCUUUGCUUCUGACCGACCCGCCCAGUAAAGUCACAAGUUCUUGUGGAUGAAGAUAACAGCACAGGGAAGUGACCAUCCCUCCAUUGUCUACUUUGUGGUUCAUUGUUCUGGAGAUCUUUUUAAGCAGAAAGCCAGCAUGGAUACUGUCCGACUUCUCUGUGUGUACAGUGACUGCCACCAUGACCUACGUUUCCAUGUCAGGUUCUUUCAUUUCCUUACAUUCCUGCUGAUCUCCUGAAAAUCGAUUCCUCACAUGGAAGUAAAGCAGUUCUUUGUAAGAUAAUACCUUUGUCAAAAAGAAUAGUGGCAUGUUGAUAUAUUUUGGUGGUGGUUCAUUUAGCUUUAUUAAUUUGACGGAUCCCCCCAAAUUAUUCUCCAUCUGUGUUAUUUUACUUUUUAGCUGAGAAUUUGGGGUUCACUGGCUUCAGGUCUACUUGGAAAUGUUUUGAGGAGGAAUACCUGCGUUUUGAGGAGGAAUACUGUGAACCAGACACUUAAUCCUGGUUGUGUGUUUACAGUGUAAAUAGGAUCAAAGCCAGGACCAACCAACAGGGUGCAUGAGACCAGUAUUGUUUUUUGAUGACUGGGGAGAUACUGCUGUCAUCUGGUCCCUUGGCAAAAAGGGCACUUUAGGAAGACUUCUGUGCCAAGUACUGCCAUCCCAUAUCUUCAGUAGCGACCCCAGGUUUGAUGAGGCAGUCCAUUCAGGCUCAUUAGCGGGUCAGGAAACCCUACUCAAUUCUGCAGCCAUGGACCCGGAACCAGGACGUUAUGUGGAAGACAAAUAUUAGACCAUAGUACAUUAGUAGAACAUUAAUACAUUAGAACCUAGUAACUGCGAACAUGAACAAUCAGGGAAGAAAUAACCUGGCACGAUGAAUCUCAGCUGAAAUUCUUGAUUCUUGCAACAUAUCAUGCAGAUGCUGUCAAAUAAAGAGCCGUAUGCAGCAUCAGCAUAAUUCAAUUCAAUGUCACAGAUUAAUUAGAAGUAUUAGUCUUUAAAAAACCUAACCUGCUGGGUUUAUUUUUUUAUUUUUAUUUUGUACAAAAUGUUAAAUAAGGAGAAACUAGCCUGGAAAUUCGCAGAACUUUUUUUUAUAAAAGAUCUUGUUGAGUUUACCCGUCUUUCCAACCCUUGGACUUCAUCCCUGGUCCAGGGACGUUGUUAUGGCCAUUCCAGAAUGUUCUCUGAGAAUCACAUGAAUUAUGCCGUAAAAAAAAAAAACAAAAAAAACAAAAGCAACCGGUUGAAAACUUCUGUGAAAAACACUGACGGGGGUGUUUUAAGGGGCCACGCUCUGCACAUCAGCAAAGGUCCCGCUGGAGGUGCUCUCUGCCUCCCGAACCGGUUCAGGUACACGAAGAGGAAAAGCAGCUCGGCACACGCAGAGUAAUGAGGGAGAGACGAGACGACAGGAGAACAGGCCUGAUCCUGCUUGGCAUGUCAGCAGGAGGCAUGGUGGAGUCCACCCUCUGAUACACGGAGCCAUUCGCUUGGCACAAAUGGCACCUGUAUGUAUUUACAUCUUCAUAACAGCUGUAAAUGUAACGAUACUGUGAGGUCUUAAAAGCCAUUGUGUUCUAUGCGAUAUUUAUGUUCGCUAUUUAAAGAGGCAACAUAUUUAUGCAGAAUUUUUAGGGGUAAUAUUUAAUUUAAUAUCAGUUGUAAUUUAUUGUCCCGUGGCUACUGGGGGGGGUGACACAGUAAGGGGAGUUCUUCUUAAUCCCGAACUGCACGGACACAUGUGUGUUUUAUUAUUAUUAUUAUUAUUAUUAUUUUGUCAGUGCCCUGAUCUUAAGGUUGCUGCUCUUUCUGCUUUGCUUCCUAUGUAAACUUACUUCUCCAUCACCGAAAAAGCAUUGGUUUGUAAGCGUCUCUUCUUAUCCAUCUAUGCAAAACUUGGAGCGAGUUUAUCUCAUGAAGCGUUGGCUGAAACAAAGUCCAUUUUCUAUUGCUUUUUCCUAAAAAAGAAAAACACCACACAGCUUGGGUCCCUCGCAAGUGUUUUUUUUUUAUCUAUAUUUCUAGCACGGGAAACAUGCAGCUCACAUCAAUGGUGAAGUCAUUCGAUUUUUAUGGCGUCAUGGAGUAAUUUUCUGCCGUUUGUGGUUCUAUCUCUGACUGCAUUGGAUGCUCCUAUGUCACCGGAUUUUAUGAAUAAACAGACUUUGUUCCCAAAAAUAACAGGGGGCCAUGUGGUGGUGGUCCACACCCCCUAACAUAGGAGAACAUUUCGAAGGAUCUUGGGGCCCCUAGGACCUUCAUCUACACUGGGGGCUGACAGCGUUGUUUGUUCGCUGCACGUCGCCUCCACAUCCCGUUUGUGCUUUGCCUGCUUAUCAAACCCUUUAAGAAGCCAUUUGCUGAUCAUCUCGCAUCCUGGGGCUGAAAGCACAGACGCCAUCGCACACGGGGCGGUUCGUGAGCCGUGAACCAGACCGCGCUAAUAGGUGGAAUGACUUCUCACGAAUGAGUAGUCCUUGUCCCACUGUGUUUGGGCCAUCCUGCGAAAGGAACAAGCCAGGAUGGUACGUAGUGCUGCAUCAGUCAUUCGGCAGACGGACCCCUUCAGGUGUCUACAGUACGUCGAGCGUACUCUGAAUGUGAAAACACACGUUUGUACUCUUUUGAAUCCAAUGGCAGAGGAAAUAAAAAUGAUGCAAAGCCAA